UUGGGUAAUCUCAGUGGUUCGCGUGCGGGGGGGGGGGGUGUUCAAGCGCUCGGCUUCUGCUAGUAAAUAAACACACACACGCCUAAUUUAUCAGUUAACACAAUCAGACUUGGCAGUUAGCGAACAACCGUAUUCUGUCUCGUGCUGUGAGCUAAUAGCUAACGGAAGCUAACACAUUCUUAAACACGUCGCCUGCAACCCAGAUCUGUUGACAAUCGGAAAGGAUUAGAUUUGAUCCAUCAUCUAACGAGAAGGAAACCGGGUGGAGUGGAGCUGGAAAAUGGAAAAGCAGUUGUUUGGAGGAGUCGCCGGUGGAGAUGGCACUGCGCAGCCGGGAGUACCGAAUCGAAACAAGCCUCGGACAUUGGCCACCGCUGGGUCGAAACAGGAUAGCGUGGAGACAUUGGACAGUCCUACAGGUUCUCAUGUAGAAUGGUGUAAGCAGCUGAUAGCAGCCACCAUCUCUUGCCAGAUAUCAUCUGUACCCGCUGACACUGCAUCCGGAGACUGCAAGCCUCCAAGAGACGGAACCAAGCAGGUCCAGACGGAUGAGGUUCCACUGGUACCCGGAGAGACCAUCAAGGCUGUGGCCAAGGAUGUGAUGUACAUCUGCCCCUUCACGGGUUUGGUGACCGGAACCCUCACCAGCACCAACUAUAAACUAUACUUUAUCAGCCUGGAGAGGGAUACUCCGUUCAUCCUGGAUGUGAACCUGGGAGCGAUCAGCCGUCUGGAGACCAUCAGUGUUCAGAGUCAUGGAGAGAACACAAGGGGCAUGGAGAUAGUCUGUAAGGACAUGCGUAGUCCCAGAUUUGCCUAUAAGGAGGAUGCCAGCCAACCAGAGAUAGUGGAGGUUCUGGCCAAACAUGCCUUCCCCCUGUCAAACGACCUGCCCCUGUUUGCCUUCCUGUAUAAGGAGGAGUUUCCUGUGGAUGGGUGGAAGGUGUAUGACCCCAUGGCAGAGUACAAGAGACAGGGUCUCCCCAACGAGAGUUGGACCAUCAGCAAGAUGAACAGUAGUUAUGAGGUGUGUGACACCUACCCUGCCCUGGUCGUCAUCCCCACCAGCAUCAAGGACGACCACCUCAAAGGAGUGGUAGCCUUUAGGGCCAGGCAUCGCAUACCGGUGUUAUCGUGGAUCCACCCGGAGAGCCAGGCCACUAUAGUCCGUAGCAGUCAGCCUUUAGUGGGCCCCUCUGACCGGCGUUGUAAGGAGGACGAGAGAUACCUCCAGACCAUCAUGGAUGCCAACGCUCAGUCUCACAAACUCACCAUCUUUGACGCCCGACAGAGCAGCGUGGCAGACAACAACAAGGCUAAGGAUGGUGGUUAUGAGAGUGAGAGUUUCUAUCCCAACGUAGAACUCAACUUCCUGGAGAUCCCCAACAUCCACGUGAUGAGAGAGUCACUGAGGAAACUGAAGGAAGUGGUCUACCCUAGUAUAGAUGAGGCUCACUGGCACUCUGCAGUUGACCAGACACACUGGCUAGAGUACAUACGGCUGCUCCUGGCGGGCGCCGUGCGUAUAGCUGACAAGCUGGAGUCUGGUAAGACCUCUGUGAUGGUCCACUGUAGUGAUGGGUGGGACCGGACGGCCCAGCUCACCUCUCUGGCCAUGCUGAUGCUGGACAGCCACUACCGCACCCUGAGAGGAUUCCAGGUGCUGUUGGAGAAGGAGUGGAUCAGCUUCGGACACAAGUUUGCUGCGCGUGUGGGUCAUGGGGAUGAGAACCAUGCCAACUCGGAGAGAUCGCCUCUCUUUAUCCAGUUUAUAGACUGUGUCUGGCAGAUGAACAGACAGUUCCCUGCAGCGUUUGAGUUUAAUGAGUUGUUCCUGAUAACCAUUCUGGACCACCUCUAUAGUUGUCUAUUUGGUACAUUCCUCUACGACAGCGAACAGGAAAGAGUAGCCAAGGAAGUCCAGACCAAGACAGUCUCUCUGUGGUCCUAUAUCAACAGUCAACCAGAGGACUUCACCAACCCGUUCUAUGUGGACUAUGAGCACCAGGUCUUGUACCCUUUAGCUAGCGUCAGACACCUGGAGCUGUGGACUGGGUACUAUGUACGAUGGAACCCCCGUAUGAGGCCGCAGAUGCCGGUGCACCAGAACCUGAAGGAGCUGUUGUUCCUGAGAGCAGAGUUACAGAGGAAGGUAGACGAGUUGGAGAGGGAAGCAUCUUCAUCACGUGGCUCUCUCUCGUCUUCAUCAGAACACACAUCAUCACCCUCACACAGCGGGGGCACGCCCCUACACACCAUUGUUUAAUACAGUACACACAUACCGUUGUCUAACACACACACUCACCUGAAUGCAGUCCCCAACACAGAACUGAACACACACCUGAAUGCAGUCCCCAACACAGAACUGAACACACACCUGAAUGCAGUCCCCAACACAGAACUGAAUGCAGUCCCCAACACAGAACUGAAUGCAGUCCCCAACACAGAACUGAACACACACACGUAACCACUUGUUUGUUCGUCUUUGUAUUCCUGAAUCACUUUUUGACUUCGUGUUUUUAUCAUAAAGAACUAGAAAGAGUUUAACUUGAGAAACGAGGUACACGUUAACAAAGUUUCAUUCUUUUUGUUGUUGUAUUUAAAAUAAGGGAAAAGAAAUGAGGUAAUGAAAAAAGCACCAUAGUAUUUGGUGUGUAUUUUAACAUAGAACAUAUGAAUAGACUGAACUAACAUUUCUACCUACCUAAAGUAUGGUACUCUUUACAAUUGACGACAGUUUCCAAUAUUAGAAGUUGAAUUCAUAGACGACGUGUAGAAAUAUCAAGUGCACUUUUUUUAAACACAUUUGAGUAAGCAUGUUAUAUCAAGUGGAUCAUUAAGGAUACAUCCCAAAUGGUACCCUAUGUAGGGUGGCAUUUGGGACAUAACCUAAAUAAGAGCUCUGUAUGUACUACUUAACCUUAUCCAGCUGUGCCAUAACUGGUACCUUGUAAUAUGUGUCCCCUAUUCCUGUCCUUCCCUUGUAAUGUACCCUGUCAUGUGUUCCUAUCAACAUGUUCCAUUCAAAGUCUGUGCACUCUUAAAAAAAUGUCAUCUUUGCCUUUCUAUUCAAUGUGUAUUUGUUGCUUAUCCACACUGUUAUUGGUCAUAGGCUGUGUUUACACAGGCAGCGCAAUUCUGAUCUUUUGCUCAGUUGACAAAUCUGAUCUGAUGAAUCAGUGGAACAGAUUUAGGCAACCAUGUUUGUUUGUUUUUUUCCCCACGUGAUUUACUUCUACUCUGCUGAU